ACAUUUGUUAGAAUCACUUAAAGUCGGAAAUAUUUUGGAAUUCGAAGGUCUCUCAUUCUCAUUCUCCCUUUCGCUUCUGAACUCUGAGAGAGAGAGAUCCCAGAAAAGGUCAUCGAGAUGUCAAGAGCGUCGUCGGUUGGAUCUCAAUCUCAAUCACUCAGUGACAGCAGUUUCUCUCGCACCUUCAAGUACUUGCUCGCUACGCAAUUCUUGUCAAGGGGAAUUCCAUUUAUAUUCAAUGCGUGGAUCGUCAGGCACCUUUCAGUUGAGGACUUUGCGCUCUAUGGAGUACAAUUUCCUCUUUUUGUCACCUGUGUACUGUUUCUCAGUCGUGAGGGAGUUCGGCGAGCAUGCCUGCGGGCAGACAUGAAAAGUGAUGGUACUUCAACAGAAGAAAAUAUAGCAAAGAUAAUGACAUUUGCCUGGUUAAUUCCCCCAUGUGGAAUUCUUCUUACUGUUGCAGCAUGCGGUGUUGUCUUCUGGAAUAAAGGCUUAAGCUUUUCUGAUCCAUAUGGGCAAGCAAUCUUGAUUAAUGGCUCUGCAUGUAUUUUUGAACUACUGGCAGAGCCCUUGUAUAUCCUUUCUCAGAACUUGCUUCUGCUUAAACUAAGGCUAGUAGUUGAGACAGUUGCUACUCUUUCCCGCUGCAUAACAAUGUUCAUUCUCAUUGUCAAGCAAACUGACAUGGAUAAAGCGAUUGUAUUUUCAUUGUCACAAACUGCGUAUGGAGUGUGCUUGUUCCUAGGUUAUUGGGUCUAUUUUCUUCUUUUUGGUACAUGUAGAAGUUCUGCUAUUUUCCCAUUCAGAGUAAAGAAUAAGAAGCAUUAUGAUGGGCAGCUGUCUGACAUGUGUAAGUUGUUUACACUUCAAUCCUUGAUGAAGUUGAUCCUUCAAGAAGGACAAAGUCUUGUCCUUUUAUGGCGGGCGACAUAUUAUAACCAAGCCGUAUAUGGACUUGUGGACAAAUUAGGGAGCCUAGUGGUGAGGCUGGUGUUUCUUCCUUUUGAAGAAAGUUCCUAUGCUACAUUUGCAAGGUCUGCAUCAGGAAAAGACCCAAAUAAAGACAGGAGGCUAGGAAGUAGCCUUACAGAGGCCCUUAAACUGGUUUUGUUAAUAGGUCUUGUAUUUAUGGCGUUUGGUCCAAGUUAUGCUUAUUCUCUCAUCAGAUUGUUGUACGGACAGAAAUGGAGUGAUGGGGAAGCAUCAACAGCCCUUCGAUAUUAUUGCAUUUAUAUAAUUGUUCUGGCUAUGAAUGGAACAUCUGAAUCAUUUCUACAUGCUGUUGCAAAAGAGAAGCAACUAGUACGGUCAAACCUUUCAUCAUUUAUGUUCGCAAUAUUACAUGUAGUACUGAAUAUCCUGCUGAUCAACUCAGCUGGUGCAGUUGGCUUAAUUUUGGCAAACUCAAUAAAUAUGAUCCUGAGAAUAGCGUACUCUGGGGUAUUCAUCAAGCAAUACUUCCAGGAUUCCUCCUUAUUUUCUUUUUACAGAUGCUUACCUUCAGGAUGGAAGGUCCUACUGUUUUCAGGAAUAACAACUAUUAUUUCUGAGAGGAUAUUUCUGGACAGGGAGAAUUUCUGGCCGACUUUCUUCGUUCAUUUCUCCAUUGGGGUCGCUUGCUUCUGCAUGUCGUCGUUUGUCAUAUAUCGCCGCGAGAGAUCCUUCAUCAACAGAAUUAUCCGCUUCCGCGAUCACUCAGACUAAGAAAACGGACUUUUCAUGAUCCAUCUAAGCGUGUAGAGAAUAUUUAUUUGCCACUAAUCUGAUUGACAACUUCUUACAUACGUAUCUGGGUAUGAGGAUUACCGAUUACAAUGCAGAAAAAACAACAGGACGGGGAUUAAUGAUACCUAUGGAAGGUAACUGUAAGCACCUACUGAUAUAUCUAUGUAAUUUGUUUGAGUAUGCAUUAAUGAGAAAGAAACAGGUUCUGGAUUGAAGACAAAUGCACAAGGGAGAACCCAUUUAGUGGGAAUUUUUAAAGAAUUUA